GGAAGCAGUCUGAUUCAUGAACUGCUUAGUAAAACCAUUUGAAAGAAGUCCAGGGUGAGCAAGGCCUCCGGAGGCGGGACUGGAUAGGAAAGAGCCACGUCCGCCUCCAGCCUUUCAGUUUCUUUACCUCCAUUUUGCCUGCGUAUCUCAAGCGUCCGCGGAGUGAAGCCUGACAAAUCCUGGCAGUAGGAGAGCCCUGCGGGGGGCAGGACGCUUCAGGUCCGGCAGGGGUGGGCGCCGAUCCCGGCCGAGAUCCAGCGGGAAGAGCUGGCAGCUGCCCGGGCGUGAGUAAACCAAGAACCCUGCCCGCCCCUCUUCUCUCGUCCUGCGCCUGGGUGCUGGCGUCGCCCUGGGCUCGGGAGCGUCGGGGCACCGGCCUUCCCAUCCCGGCAGAAAAGGAUUGAGUCUCCCGCUUUGAGUCCUUCGGCCCGUCCUGGAGCCUUUGGGAACUCACCCACAGCACUCGAGUCGCCAGGAGUGUCGCUUUUAAAAAGAAUAUCAGGAAUGGACUCCUGUUUCAUUAGUUUUUUUCUUGUAGGGCCUCAAAGGCUAAUUAAACUCGUGUGUAUGGACUGAAACGCCUCCUUUUCUUUAAUUCACUAUAAUCCUACCAACGUUUAUUGAGCAUCUCUGGGCUAGUCAGAGUUGGGUGCUGGGAACAUAGAAAUGGAUCUGAACUUGGUUCCUUCCCUCAGAAGCCUACAGAGUGGUUGGAGACCGAGCAAAGUUAAACUUGGAUUCAAAGCAGCCUAGAUGGGCCGCUGACAGCCAGGAAUAGGAGUUGGCCAGUUGGGGAAAUAAAGACAGGUCACAGGGUACUCACCCUUUUCCUUAUUAAUCAGUGAGAUACAGCCUGCAUCCAGAGGUUCUGUACACAAACGGAGGAGGAAGAAUGCCUCCAUUGGAAAAUAUUCUGAAAGAAAUGAAGAAAACCAUCAGCAAUGAAGUCAGCAGCCUCACAGCUUUCUGUUGACUGUCCUGGACGCUCGCUACUAGAGUCCCUUGGAAUGACACUGUACAGAAUGUCUGCUGAGGUUAUUCAUCAGGUCGAAGAGGCACUUGAUGAAGAUGAGAAGGAGAUGCUUCUUUUUUUGUGCCGGGACGUUACUGCAGACGUGGCUCCACUGAACGUCAGGGACCUUCUGGAUAUUUUAAGGGAAAGAGGAGUGCUGUCUGCCAUAGGCUUGGCUGAGCUGCUGUACAGAGUGAGGCGAUUUGACUUGCUCAAGCGAAUUUUGAAGACAGACAAAACAGCAGUGGAGGCCCACCUGCUCAAGCACCCUCGCCUUGUUUCAGACUAUAGGGUGCUGAUGAUGGAGAUUGGUGAGGAUUUGGAUAAAUCUGAUGUGUCCUCAUUAAUUUUCCUCAUGAGGGAUUAUAUGGGCCGAGGCAAGAUAGCCAAGGAUAAGAGUUUCUUGGAUCUUGUGAUUGAAUUAGAGAAACUAAGUCUGGUUGCUCCGGAUCAAUUGGAUUUAUUAGAAAAAUGCCUAAAGAACAUCCACAGAAUAGACCUGAAGACAAAAAUCCAGAAAUACAAGCAGUCUGUUCAAGGAGCAGGAACAAGUUAUACAAGUGCUUUUGAGGCAUCUUUCCCAAAGUUGAGUCUUAAGGAUCCUUCAUAUAACUUCAGGCUCCAGAAUGGGAGAAAUAAAGAACAAAGACUCAUUGUGGAAAACCUUGACAUACAAAGAAAGCCAGUGAAGACAUCCAUUCAGGAAUCAGGAGCGUGUUUGCCUCAGCAUGUACCGGAAGAGAGAUAUAGGAUGGAGAGCAAGCCCCUGGGUAUCUGCCUGAUCAUUGAUUGCAUUGGCAAUGACACAGGGGCUCUUCAGGACACUUUCACUUCCCUGGACUAUGAAGUCAAGUACUUCUUGUAUCCAAGUAUGAACAGUAUAAUCCACGUUCUUCACCAAAUUGUCUGUAUGCCCCAACACCGAGACUGUGACAGCUUUGUGUGUGUCCUGGUGAGCCGAGGGGACUCCCAAAGUAUGUUUGGCGUGGAUCAGACUCACGCAGGUUUCCCUUUGGAUCAGAUCAGGAGGAUGUUCAUGGGAGAUGCAUGCCCUUCUCUCUUGGGGAAGCCAAAGCUCUUUUUUAUUCAGAACUAUGUGGUGGCAGAGGACCAGCUGGAGGACCUCCUGGAGGUAGAUGGACCAGCAGCAAAUGGUGUGGAGCCCAAGGCCAGGCAGCCAGGACCCUGCACAAUUCACCGAGAAGCUGACUUCCUCUGGAGCCUGUGCAAAGCAGACGUGUCCCUGUUGGAGCGGCCGGCCAGCUCACCAUCACUGUACCUGCAGUGCCUCUCCCAGAAAUUGGGGAAAGAAAGAAGACGCCCACUCCUAGAACUCCACACUGAACUCAACAACAGCAUGUAUGAUUGGAACAGCAGAGUGUCUGCUAAGGAGAGAUGUAGGCCGUCUGUUGCAGUCUUCGUUCCAGUUACUCUUUCAGGAUUAGUUGUAUUUGCUGUAUUUUCUUGUUAUUUGUGGUUUUGGGAGGAGGUUUGUGCUUCACCUCUCAUACCAUCUUUUUCUGGAGUAUGUAUUUUUGAUGAAAUAUUUUAGACAUGCUAAAAAGAGAAUGAUAUUAGAUAACAAUAUGAUGAGUACCUUGUGCCCACAACCCAGCUUAAAUAAAAUGUUCUAAAGUGUAUAAAGACUCUUAAGAUACUACUUUAAGUAAUAGUCCUAAAUAUAAAAGAGAUAAAUGCACUGAACUAUUUCAAACCUUAUCAUACCCCCAAACUGAGAAUUAUCUGAGUAUUCAGUAAUAGGGGCAUGCUUAUGAUCAGAUGUCCACUGGUUAAUAUUUUAUGUAACCACUAAAAUUACAUAUACAAAUAAUAAGAACUUACAUCGAGUUGUUAUUAGCUCAUUCCAUGAAUCAUGAAUUAUCUUAUUUAAUCCUCAAAACAGCUCUAGGAGGUAGGCAUUAUUGUCCUUGUUAUUAUUUCUCCACAUUUUAUAGAUAAGGAAGAUGAGCAAAUGAUGUUAAGUAGUUUACCUGUGGUCAGCCCACACUGAGAUAUAAACUCGAGCCAUAGAGAAAACUACUUCAGGGCCCAAACGCUUAACCAGUUCACAGUACAGUCUUGAUAGAGAACAUCACAACAUGAAAAAUGCUCAUGCAUUCAUGAUGUGAAAAAGAGGGCAAAAUAGUGUAUCAGUAUGUUUGCAAUAUCUAUGCUUAAAACAAAAACAGACAAAAAAAAAUAGCUCUCAUGGGAAAACAAAAGGCCAAAAGUGACACAUGAUGCCAGAACUAUGGCUGAUAUCUUUUCUUUCUUUUUUCCAAGUUGCCAUCUAUAUCUCUAUGUAUUUGAGAAUAUUAUUUUCUACACUAAAGUCUAGGUAAUUCCUUUCAACUUUCAGAUAGCUGGUUUCUUCCUUGCUAAUGAACCUCCCUUCUUUUCUUAGUUAUGUCUUCACUUCUGUUUCUUCUCUAGCCCCUUUUUUCAGUAGCAGGACACCUGGCUUUUCUGAGCUAUGGGUUAGUGGGGGACUGGCUUAUCAACCCCAGUUCCAUUCCAGUCCCCAGUCUCUUCCAUCCUCUUCCAUGAAUAGGCCAUGUGUAGGGAUCACUUGGCACCUUCUUCUGUUUGCAGUGUUUGAAAUGGGAAUCUCUUUUCCUAGAUUCUAAGAGCAAGUUAGUUUCCAGGAUUAAACAUGUUAUUUAUGUCACUAGGAAUUUAGAAUUUGAGAUCAGCCUUUUCAUUGUGGCUGUGUAGCAGGACCCACUCACUGUCCCCCAAUGUCUAUUCUCUUUCUCCCUAGUAUUAGAAGCUUUGAUUGGAACUGGGCACCAAGCCUCAACAGGAUACAGUCUGCAAGUCUGAACUUAGAGCUAUGUGUCUAAGUCCUGGCCAAAAUGAUGUAUCACUUGGUAGCUGCUAACUUUCCUUAAAAGGCAGAUAUCUUUUGCUCUUUGUUCUUUUGCUCUUUCCUCCAUCUUGCUGACUGGAAUGUAGAUGUGAUGGCUGGAGCUCCAGCUGCCAUAUUGAAAUGUGAGGAUAUGGGCCACAUUCUGCGGAUAGCUGAGUGAGUGGUGAACAGCAAGGAGCCUUAUUGGGUAAGGACAUUAAGGAUCAGAGUCACCAUAUGGGCCCUAAACUAUCUACCUCUGGACUUGUAUGUAAGAGAAAAAAAUGUGGGGUUUAUAUUCUUUUCAACUAAACCUAGUCCAACUGAUGCAUUAUUAUUUGAUUGAAAUGUUUGGGAUGUUUAUGCAUGUUGUAAGUUUAACAGAAAAAUUUGUCUAAAUGGCUAUUUUAAUUUUCUAAUUAUUGUUUAGAAAUGUAUGUACACUUAAAAUGGGAGCUGACCAAAGUGUUUAACAUGUCUUAGUUGCUUCCAAGUUUUGACAUUAUGAAUAAAGGUGCUAUAAACAUUUGUUUUCUGUUAUUUGUGUGGAAGUAAGUGUUCACUCAUUUGGGUACAUACCUAGGAAAGUGAUGGCUACAUUGUAUGGUAAGCCUAUGUUUAACUUUGGAAGAAAAUGCAAGACUGUAUUCCCAAGUAGGUGUAGAAUUUUGCAGAGUUCCCAUUGCUCCACAUUCUUGCCAGUAUUUGGUGGUGUUAAUGUUUUAGAUUUUAGCCAUUUUAGUAUAUUGUAGUGGUAUCACAUUUGUUGUUUAAAUUUACAAUUACCUAAUGACAUGCCAUGAUGAGCCUUUUUUCAUAUUCUUAUUUGCAAUCUGUAUAGCUUGUUUGUUGAGAUAUGUUCAUAUUUUUUGCCCAUGUUUUGCUUGAGUUGUUUUCUUACUGAGUUUUAAGAGUUCUUGGUAUAUUUUGGAUAUAAGUCAUUUGUCAGAUAUGUUUUACAAAUAUUUUCUCCCAGUCUGUGGUUUGUCUUUUAAUUCUAGCAGUCCUCUUCACAGAGCAGAAGUGUUUUACUUUUAUGAAGUCCAACUUGUCAGUUUUUUCUUUCAUGCAUUGUGCUUUUGGUGUCGUAUCUAAGAAAUCACCAAACCAAGGUCACCUAAACUUUCCUGUUCUUCUUUAGAAGUUGUAUAGUUUUGCAUCUUACACUUAAGUCAGUGAUCCAUUUUGAUAUAUUUUUUUGUGAAAGGUAUAAAGUCUGUGUCUGUAUUAACUUUUUUACCAUGUUCAUUUAUUCUGGCACCAUUUUUUGAAAAAACUGUCUUUUCUCCAUUGAACUGUCUUUGUUUUGUGAAAGAUCAGUUGGUUAUAUUUGUAUGGGCCUAUUUCUAGGCUCCCUUGUGUUCCAUUGAUCUUUUUGUCUAUUCUUUCAUGAGUAUGGCACUGUUUUGAUCACUGUAGCUUUAUAUUAAAUCUUGAUGUACCCCAUGUUGGUGGCAGAUUGGAAAUUUUGAAUAUACUUAAUUGUAUAUUUGUUUCAUUUUAUAUGGAGCAUGUAUUGUAACUUCCCAAUAAAAUAAAAUACUGUAACUUUACAAAA